AAGCAACACGUCGUCCUCGGGGCGGGGCCAGCCGGGUCCUGGGCGGCUCUCGAGGCGCACAAGCCGGCGCGCGCGGAUAUAAGAGCGGAGGCGCGCGCUGCCCGACACUCACCGACCUGCUCCCGGAGAAAAGCACCAUGUACUCCCGAUCCAACAGCGUGACUCUGACGGUGCCGCGGGAGAGCUUCGGCUUCCCCGCGGGCUCCACCCGCAGCACGGAGCCCGAGGUCUUCACCUUCGAGCGGGCGUCCGCUCAGGCCACCGCCGUGCUGUCCUACGUGCCCAUCCGGCCCAGGAAGCGCUGCGCCCGCGUGAUGUACCCGGCCAAAGUGCGCAUGCACCUCCCGCCGCCGGAGAGGAGCGCCGCCAAGCGCUGGCUGCUGGUGCUGUGCCUGGUGGUGCUGUGGCAGAUCUACACCGAGGAGCCCUGCGGCUCCGACCCGCUGGCGCCCGGCGGCGCCGACGGCCCGGUGUCGGUCAGCGACUUCCAGAGCUACACCUGCCCCCAGCAGUCCGCGGAGGAGCCGCCGCGGGCGGAGCUGGGGCCCGGACCCGGGCUCCUCUCCGCCGCGCCGGCGGUCUGAGGACGGCGGCUCCUCCGGGGGAGCGAGAGAGGAAUCCCGGGGAGGAUCCGCAGCAGGACGCCCCCCCCCCCCCCCCCGGGG